UGUUGAGUUGAACCAAUCAAAGGUCAGUUGAAUUGACGUGGGAAAAUAUCAGUUCUUGCCAAGUAAUGAAGUGCAAGCAAAGAUGCUGGCAUUUUCUAAUCUGCAUAUUAGCGAGAAAGGUUCAACCACCUUUUUCAAAAUCACUGGUUAAAUACAGUCUCAGCAAAAAAGCAAGGAAAACAAGUAAGUACUAUAUGUGAAAUAUAGUAAAUUUGGCAUGCCAAGCGCAACAAUAGUUAAGUCAUUCCUACUUCCUAAAAUAUAGUUGAUCUCGUAACUUCCUUGAGUUUUUGUACAUGAGAUGAGAACGAAGGAUAUGAAUACUGCGUGAGAGAGACUAUCCUAUCAUACUUUUUACCGCUUGUAUGUAAAUGUUUUAAUCCAAGCAUUCUCAAAUUUUAUCCCGAUAUUAUUAUUAUUAUUAUUAUUAUUGUUACCUCACCGCUAAAACUGACCUUCAAGGAACUUCACGUGAUAUAAACGACUUUUGCAUUGAAUCUCGAGAAUGCAAGCAAGAUCGUUAAAGCCCAACAAUAAAAAGCCCCAAAAAACUGAACUUCAGCCCAGCCCAGCCCAAAUCGUUAAAGGACCAGACUAGUCCAUUCAAAAUGUUAGGGUUUUAGUAGAACGUGGAAGAAGCGUAGUGUGAGGGAGUGCUUCAUUGCUUGCCGCUUAGCUCUCAGCAACCAACCAUGGGUAUCUCCCGUGACUCUAUGCAUAAAAGACGUGCCACUGGUGGCAAACAGAAAGCUUGGAGGAAGAAAAGAAAGUACGAGCUUGGACGUCAACCUGGUAAUACUAAGAUCUCAAGUAACAAGACAGUCAGACGCAUUCGUGUUCGUGGUGGCAAUGUGAAGUGGAGGGCACUGAGAUUGGAUACAGGAAACUAUUCAUGGGGUAGUGAGGCUACCACCCGUAAGACUCGUAUACUUGAUGUGGUCUAUAAUGCCUCGAACAAUGAGCUUGUUCGCACACAGACUCUAGUCAAGAGUGCAAUUGUUCAGGUUGAUGCAGCACCCUUUAAACAGUGGUACCUCCAGCACUAUGAUGUUGACAUUGGUAGGAAGAAGAAGGCGGCUGCUAAGAAGGAAACCGCUGAGGAGGGAGAAGGUGCUGCUGCUGCGGAAACUAAGAAGAGCAACCAUGUACUCCGAAAAAUUGAGAAGCGCCAGGCUGAUCGCAAACUUGAUUCUCACCUUGAAGAACAAUUUGGAUCUGGUAGACUCUUGGCCUGCAUCUCAUCUCGGCCUGGUCAGUGUGGCAGAGCUGAUGGGUAUAUCUUGGAAGGCAAAGAACUUGAGUUUUAUAUGAAGAAACUACAGAAGAAGAAGGGCAAGGCUGCAGCUGCUUAAAUUGGAGCUCUUCAAUUUUUGAGACUAAUUUAAUUAUUUUUCCUUUUUACCCGUUAAUCGACUUGGUUUGUUAGGAUUUUUUUCUAUAUGCAGUAUUUCUUUAUCUUGCCA